AUGGAGUCGGUAAAACAAAGGAUUUUGACCCCUGGCAAAGAGGGACUGAAGAAUAUUGCUGGGAAAUCCCUUGGUCAAAUCUACAGAGUGUUGGAGAAGAAGCAGAAGCCAGGGGAGACCAUCGAACUGACAGAGGAUGGGAAGCCUCUGGAGGUGGAGGAGAAGAAGGCUCCCCUGUGCGAUUGCACCUGCUUCGGCCUGCCCCGGCGGUACAUCAUCGCCAUCCUCAGCGGGCUGGGCUUCUGCAUCUCUUUCGGGAUCCGCUGCAACCUCGGCGUCGCCAUCGUGGACAUGGUCAACAACAGUACUGUGCACCGGGGAGGAAAGAUCAUCAAAGAGAAAGCCAAAUUCAACUGGGAUCCGGAAACGGUGGGAAUGAUCCACGGUUCCUUCUUCUGGGGCUACAUCAUCACCCAGAUCCCGGGGGGCUACAUCGCGUCCCGCCUGGCCGCCAACAGGGUUUUUGGGGCAGCUAUACUCCUCACUUCUACUCUCAAUAUGCUAAUUCCCUCGGCAGCCAGAGUGCAUUAUGGGUGUGUCAUCUUUGUUAGGAUCUUGCAGGGACUUGUCGAGGGAGUCACCUACCCAGCCUGCCAUGGGAUAUGGAGUAAGUGGGCCCCUCCUUUAGAAAGAAGUAGACUGGCAACUACUUCCUUUUGUGGUUCCUAUGCAGGUGCUGUCAUUGCAAUGCCUUUAGCUGGGAUUUUAGUGCAAUAUACGGGAUGGUCUUCUGUAUUUUAUGUAUAUGGGAGCUUUGGAAUGGUCUGGUACUUGUUUUGGCUUUUGGUGUCCUAUGAGAGUCCUGCUAAGCAUCCCACCAUUUCAGAUGAAGAGCGGAGGUACAUAGAAGAAAGCAUUGGAGAGAGUGCCAAUCUUUUGGGUGCAAUGGAAAAAUUCAAGACUCCUUGGAGAAAAUUUUUUACAUCUAUGCCAGUCUAUGCAAUAAUUGUUGCAAACUUCUGUAGAAGCUGGACUUUUUAUUUAUUGCUAAUUAGUCAGCCUGCUUAUUUUGAGGAGGUCUUUGGAUUUGAAAUCAGCAAGGUGGGUAUGCUAUCUGCUGUUCCACAUUUAGUGAUGACGAUUAUUGUCCCUAUUGGAGGGCAGAUCGCAGAUUUCCUGAGAAGCAGGCAAAUUCUUUCAACUACUACAGUGAGAAAGAUCAUGAAUUGUGGAGGUUUUGGCAUGGAAGCAACUCUACUUCUGGUGGUGGGCUAUUCUCACACUAGAGGAGUGGCCAUUUCAUUCUUAGUGCUUGCAGUGGGCUUCAGUGGAUUUGCUAUAUCUGGAUUCAAUGUCAAUCACUUGGAUAUUGCCCCACGAUAUGCCAGUAUCUUAAUGGGAAUUUCGAAUGGGGUUGGCACGCUGUCUGGAAUGGUUUGUCCUAUUAUCGUGGGUGCGAUGACCAAGAAUAAGACUCGGGAAGAAUGGCAGUAUGUCUUCCUGAUAGCUGCUCUAGUCCAUUAUGGUGGAGUUAUCUUCUAUGGAAUAUUUGCUUCGGGUGAGAAACAACCCUGGGCCGAUCCUGAGGAAACAAGUGAAGAAAAAUGUGGCUUUAUUCAUGAAGAUGAACUCGAUGAAGAAACCGGGGACAUUACUCAGAAUUAUGUAAAUUAUGGUUCUGCUAAGUCUUAUGGUGCUACAAAUCAGGCCAACGGAGGCUGGCCAAAUGGGUGGGAGAAGAAAGAAGAAUUUGUACAGGAAGAACUACAAGACUCAUACCCCUACAAGGAAGGAGAAGAUUAUUCAUAACAAAGCUAAAUCCUGGAUCUAUUUUGUAGUGUUUGUGAUUAAGUUCAUCGUGAUGGUUUGCACAAAAAAAAAGUGGUGUGAACAUGUUAACACAUAUCAAAACAGGCUGAUCAGGCUACAAAAUCCCACAAGGUUACCAUUAAAGUGCAAUCUGUACAAGUUGUGAUGUGAUCACCUACAUUCAGGCAUAUCCAUUCUUAUAUUAGAGAUUUAAGGGUUUAGUGGACAAAAAGGCAACUAGUUUAUUAAGAGUCUAUAUGAGCUACAAACUCAUGAUUACAAGAUUAAAUAAUUAAUGAUUAAAGCACAACUAACCAACAGAGUUGGCACACUGAAUACUACGGUUAGAUAGCCAAAACUACUUGAUCAUUAAAAAUGCACUUAUAUAUUUGUUACACUGCAUUGAAAGAUAGCAAACAUAACUUGUGUUCAAUUCCACAUUUGUUAAGUCUGAGGUAAGCUGUGUGUAUACUUGUAAAAGGCAAGAUCUUCCCUUAAAAAAAGAGUUCUCUCCAUCCUAGAUGUACACUAAAGGGUAACAACCAGAAGGAAUUUUCUAGGUUAAUGUAAGUCCGUGCUGCACGCUGGGGAAUAAAGGAACACCUGUGAAUCGAUGGAGUGUUUUAUAGUGAAGAUUUGGGCAUAAUUUCUUCAUUCCAUGUUAGAGAUCCAAUGAAGUUAGGAGUACAUUUCAUGUUCUUCCAUUUAUUUGCCUAACAGUAUAAAACACGUUGUAUUUAAAGAUCUGAAUUUUCAUGCAGCAUGACAGAUAACGUUUUGCAAGAAAUAGACUUGUGUAUUUUUAUUACAACUUUAUACUGGUUGUAAAUCUUAUUAGGAAAAGCUCAUAUGCAUAUCUUGCAGAAUAUAAUAAGAAACUUUCUCUGAAGACAUAGCCCCGACAUAAUAUUAAUAAUAAAUGGAACAGAAAAUGCUGAAAAACUCUUCUUUCAUUCAUAUUUUUCAUUCUGUAUGAAACGUGCCACAGAUAUAUAAAUAGUAUAAAAGAUAUGAUCUUACCACAGAAGCUGUAACUUUAGAAAAUUUUCCUACUUUAUGAGCCCUAGUAAAAAUGUAUUUGUCUUUGAAAAUAUAGGACAAUGAAGAAUACUGAAUAGAUAUGAUGGACAUACACACACAAGUAACAAUCCUUACCUAAGCUUAAAUCCCUAGUGGUAUACAUCUAGUGUUGGGUUUGAGAGAUUGGAAUUUCUAUCUUCAUUAAGCUUGCCAUUUCUUAGUAUAAUUCAAAGAGAAUUGCAUUUGUGUACCAAGCAAUAAGUGCAAUGCAUUACAAAGUGCAUACUCUUUCAGUCUAUAUAUUAUCUUCAUUUUGCUUGUUGUAGAUGUUUGGGGUGGUUGGGAUUUUAAUACAUGAAAUUAACACCAGACCAUUUUCUAAUGCUCCAAAAGUGAUAAUUACAAUGCAUUUCCCAACUCGUCAAAUGAUUAUAAAUGUUUGUAAUGGUCUAUUCUGGAUUUUUGAUCUGUUCAUCGUAUUGUGCUAGUGACUGGAGGCCUUGCUACUGCAAUAUAAGACUUGAAGAUUGUUUUAAAAAUCGCAAACCACUCUUGACCCCAAGGAAAAUCCAAUUAUCUUUUGCUUUGUGCCUCAAAGUGAUGUAAAUUGUGGUCAUAGCUUUUGCAGUGUUGAAUGAAAAGAUGUGGAAUGUUACUUUUGUUGCUUCAAAAAGUGUUAAUAAAAUGCUCUAUUUAUUCUUUUGUAAAAAAUGGUA